AUGAGCACCACUGCUCCCGCUCAGCAUGGCGGGAACCAAUAUCAGCAAGCCGUAAACGGUGGACACACGAGCACGACCGUGCCCGAUGAGAAAGACCGCAUAGACUCGGACGACGAAGACGACCAGGAUCUCGUAUUCGAAGAUGAGAAUGUCAAGGCGGAGGAAUCAAAGAUCCUCACCGCUUACCGCCACCUGUUGUCGAGGCGCGUAGACCUUGUGGGCGACUAUGCUGGCGACGAACUCUUUCUCAUCGAGGGAGACUCUAUGCUCCUGAGAUGCUUUGAGGAUGACAAGCUCGACUUCGACUACGGCCUUCAGCUCCUUCACGCUGUCUACAAUGUUGAGCAUUUCCUCCACGAUUUGGCACAACGCAAGUGCCAUUUCAACAUCAUAUUCUUUGACAGCAACAGGGAGCUGUGUCUCCCAUCCAACGUUGACCAGAAGAACGCAUCGAGGUACUUCUUCGCACGCUCGGUCAUCGUUCGCCAUUUGACGAAUGUCAAGACUCAUCCCUCCAUUGAAGUCGCGGCCUUCAAGUCAUGGGAUGCGCCAGAAUUUGGGGACUAUCUGCAGCGGUCUGCACCAUACUUCAUCAUGGCCCAUGACGGCGCUCAAUCUGCCGAUCGCAAAGCCAAACACAUUGGCGAUGACAGCCGUAAGUCCACAGUACAGCGCGUGGCAUUGCGACAGAUGAUCAUCUCCUUCAUUGUCCGAGGCUUCAACGUCGGCCUGGUGAACGGACUAGAAUGGAGGGACACCAAGGUGAUGACGAUGGUGCUCGAGGCUCGCCGUAGGUCUUCAGUCGAGCAAGCGCCUAUUCGUGAUGCUCUGAAGUCCUCUGAGCGUCCUACCUUGGAUGUGUCUACAGAGCUCGAGAAGCUGAGCAAGCACAAGUCAAUACUCACGGAGAGGUCCACCUUACUUGUCAUCACCAUCAGCAAACUACUCGGCGGUGAAGAUGCCUUCCCACCGCAAGCCGCUGCAGCUCUACUACUGCAUCAAGCUCUGUUACAACAUGCACCACUUUCUGCCAGAAGAGUGGAUGCAGUGUCGGGCGCGAAGCAAGCCCAGGAAGUACUCACAAUGGUGGCCUCCACAGCUGAGAGCAUCCUCAACACUACUUCUUGGCAGACUACCAUGGUGCAGUGGCAGACAACGAGGGAUAUCAUGGACGCUAUAGAUGGCCGGCUAUUCCUGAAAGUCGCACAAUCGCAACCGGAAGUCACUGCAGAAGUCAAGACGACCUUUGACAACCUUCUUAGUGCUAUGGCAAGUGUGAUGGAGACUGCCAGCCUUGACCUGCCUUCUGUACCAGAGGCGAAGUCAUUACCUGACCCAAAAGUCGAAACUGCCAGUCCGAGUCACGACGACGUCGCAGUCCUCCCAUUCUCUAACAAGGUGUUUGACAAGCAUCUCGAGUCUGUACACAUCGAAGUGGAUGCUGCAGCAGAGAGUGAGCGCUCUCUCGCCUCACGGAAGAUCUUCCAAGAAGUCACGCAUUGGCACAACGCCAAGCGACCGAUCAAAGUCAAGGCUCCCGAAACACCACAGGAUGCGAGACAAGCAAGUCGUGAGGCCCGACGUAACCAAUGGUUCAUGGCAGAAAUGAGGACGUAUGCUGCGUCCUUGACCAAUGCUGUUGGAAAGAGCUUGGAACCCGAGACCAUCAUUGUUGGGGCACCCAGGCCCACUAAGAGUAAGGCUGGCACUGAGUCGCCUGCUGACUCCGAUGUGUCUGACAGUGGCACAUCCACACAGAACAAGGGUAAACCCGCUCAGAAGAAGGGUGGUGGUGGUGGCAAGAAUGCCGCAAAGAAUGCCGCCAAGGAAGCCAUGAUGAACCGCAUUGCGGCAGACAAAGCCAAGAAGGAUGAGAGUGCUGGCGACAAGAUCUUCAGCUCGUGGCAACUUGUCUGCAAAGGUUUCCAAGCAGAGACUGAUCCCCGAACUCGUUACAGAAAGGCUCGAGUAUACCUCAUUAACCUCCAGCCUGCAUGGAGAGAGGUUGUCGGCGCCGAAGUUGAGUUGUACUUGAUCAAUUCUCUCUUGCUGUACUGGAUCGAGGCCUGCCGGCAGAGUCAACAAAAGCAGCGUAUCCAGGUCGCGGCGUUGAUAUGGUCCCACGCACGCAGCAUCGCCCAACGAAGCCCUCUGACGAAGACGAUUGCUAAGUGCCUCGAGGCUACCACGAAGACUCUAGCACUACCGCCUGUUCCGACAGUCACAGAAGGUGGAAGCGACAAGAAGCUGGCCUUCACUUUUGCGUUGCCCACGAAAGUGGACUCCCUAUCAGUGAAACUGCCAUCGAAGGACUUCCAGCUGCUAGAAUGCGGUCCUUACCUUGAACGCAGCUUCGACUCAAAGCCAGAUUCGCGCGUUGAGUUCCAACCCGAUGGUUGGCAACGAAAAGUACUCGACAGCAUAGAUGCCGAUCAGAGCACAUUCGUGGUUGCUCCUACCAGUGCCGGUAAAACUUUCAUCUCCUUCUAUGCCAUGCGCAAAGUGCUGGAAGCAGACGAUGACGGCGUUCUGGUAUACGUCGCGCCAACUAAGGCUCUGGUCAACCAGAUCGCUGCCGAAGUGCAAGCUCGAUACUCGAAGAAGUUCAAAUAUGGCGGCAAGUCUGUUUGGGCAAUUCAUACUCGCGAUUACCGCAUCAACAACCCCACUGGCUGCCAAGUGCUGGUCACUGUACCACACGUACUCCAGAUCAUGCUGCUCGCCCCGUCAAACGCCAACUCUUGGGCCAGCAGAGUCAAGCGAAUCAUCUUCGACGAGAUUCACUCUAUCGGUCAGGCCGAAGAUGGUGUGGUUUGGGAACAACUGCUUCUGAUGGCGCCAUGCCCAAUCAUUGCACUAUCAGCGACCGUUGGCAAUCCAGGCGAGUUCAGCGACUGGCUCGCCACCACGCAACAGGCGAUCGGCAAAGAGCUCGUGACUGUGCAACAUCCAUACCGUUACUCUGACCUUCGAAAGUACUACUAUCAGCCACCCAAACACUUCGCCUUCCAAGGUAUCCCAGAGAAGUCUGCUUUCGGAUCUCUCGGACUCGAAGGUCUCACUGGAUUCAACUUCAUCCACCCUGUUGCCGGCUUAGUGGACAAAUCGCGCGGUAUCCCAGAGGAUCUCGCCCUCGAGCCCAGAGACUGCCUUCUGCUUUGGCAAGCCAUGAUCAAGGUCCAGACCGACGAUUACGUUGUUCCUGGGAGCUUAGAUCCGGCUAAAGCGCUGCCAGAAGUCUCGCGCAAGGUUGAUAUCUUGAAGUGGGAGAAGGACCUUAAGACUCUGUUGAAGACUUGGCUCAGCGACCCAUCAUCGCCCUACGACAAGCUCUUGCACACUCUGGAGCAGAGCUUCCGUGACGAGAACCGAGAAGAAGUGUACCCUGCACAGCCGGCACAGAGCAUCCCAGCAUCAGAAGGUGAGAUCAACCCAGAAGACCUCGUACAGACAACGCUACCCAUGCUCUGCCGUCUAAACGAGCAAGACGCAUUGCCUGCCAUUCUAUUCAACUACGAUCGCCACCAAUGUGAGAAGAUCUGCAGAAUAGUGGUUGAGCAAUUGGCACAAGCCGAGGCGACUCAGCGAAAGACUGGUCCCAAGUGGGAGAAGACCCUGGAGCGCUGGGAAGAGUGGAAGAAGCUCAAGCUGAAGGCUGCUUCAAAGGCGCCAAAGGCCGGUACUAAGGCUAAGAAAGGCAAGGGCGAUGAUGAUGGCGAAGACGAGAAGGCGUCCAAGCUCGACCUACAAAAGGACGCUGCUGGAAGUGAAGAUUCAAAGUGGGAGUCAUUCGACCCGGAAGCUCCACAAGACGGCUACCACUUUGCCGACCACACUGCUUUACAAGCAUCGGAGCUGGAAGGAUACAUCCGCCAGCUGCGACGCCGCGAUCUGCAACAGUGGCUCAUUGAUGCAUUGGCUCGUGGAGUCGGUGUCCAUCACGCCGGUAUGAACCGCAAGUACCGGCAGGUUGUCGAGAUCCUCUUCCGCAAGCGCUUCCUGCGUGUUAUUGUCGCGACAGGCACGCUUGCGUUGGGUAUCAACAUGCCUUGUAAGACCGUUGUCUUUUCAGGCGACUCCGUCUUUCUCACGGCGCUGAACUACCGCCAGUGCGCCGGUCGAGCUGGACGUCGUGGGUUUGACCUCUUGGGUAACGUGGUAUUCCAAGGCGUCUCGAGACAGAAGGUUUGCAGACUGAUCAGCUCGCGUUUGCCGGACUUGAACGGUCAUUUCCCCAUCACGACUACACUGGUACUGCGGUUGUUCACUUUGCUACAUGAGUCGAACAAUGCCAAGUACGCUGUCAGCGCAAUCAACGCUCUGCUUUCGCAGCCGAGGCUGUACUUGGGCGGUGCUUCGUUCAAAGAUGAGGUCAUGCAUCACUUGCGUUUCUCGAUCGAGUACUUGCGUCGACAACAGCUUCUGGGAUCAGACGGUGCACCACUGAACUUUGCAGGUCUCGUGAGCCACCUUUAUUUCACGGAGAACUCAUCCUUUGCGUUCCAUGCUUUGCUGAAGGAAGGCUACUUCCACGAGCUAUGCGCAAAGAUCCACACAGAAGAGAAGCCAACUCUCGAGACACUGAUGUUGGUCAUGUCCCACUUGUUCAGCCGCAUCGAGUGCAAGCAAGCGGACGCCGAAUAUCGCGAGAAGGUUGUAAAGCCGUCGUCGUCCAUUGUGUUCUUGCCACCGAUGCCAAAGCAAGCUUCUGACAUUCUCAUUGAUCACAACAAGCAGACACUGGCUGUGUACAAAGCUUAUGUCGAGACGUUUGUUGACCAGCACCUUCACGACCACGACCGCACGCUGCCACUUUCUCAGGUCAAGGUUGGUGCCGAGACUGAUAAGCUGCCCGCGAACAUCGACCACCUUCCACCUACAAACGUCCGGUCGUCCUUCGUGGCACUUUCGGGAUCCGAUGACAAGUUUGGAUCUAUCCAUGAUCUGUGCGCCACCUCAAGAGAUGGUGUCUUCCUGGAAGAAGCCGUCAUUCCCCACAUGGAUGUCUACCCUCAGGAGAUGGAGGUGCCACUCAAUGCAUACUUGCUGGACUUCUUCAAGCACGGCGAUGUCAUGACCAUCGAGCGCGCCAAUGGAGUCCGUCGUGCAGACAUCUGGUUCUUGCUCAACGACUUCUCCCUCGUCCUGGCCACAAUUAUCACGUCUCUCAUGAACUUCAUGAAACUGACCGAAGGCGAGGGCGACAUGGACAUGCUCGACGUCAUGGGUCGCCUCGACGCUCACGAAGAGGAAGAAGACGACAAGGUCGCUGCCGUCGAAGGCGGGAGCGUUGCAUCUGGCCCAAGCGCUGCAGACUCUGGAAUUGUCAUGCCGGAUCGCACCAAGGUUGAGGCUACCACUACCAAGAAGAAGGCUAAGAACGCGGACAGCUGGGAGGAUCUUGCAGAGGAAGAGGAUGCCAUGGCUGAUGCUGCCACACGCAAGCAGCUGAGUGCCGAGGCUGAGGCAGCUGCUGCGGAACUGAACGCGUGGGACGGUGAAGGUGGUCAGGGAUUGAAAGAUGUGAUGAAGGCGUUCCAGAAAUUGCAUGCCGAGUUCAACAUGAAGUUCAAGGCUAUGUGGGCUUAG